AAUCUGGAUGUGAAGUGUGAACCCAAACUUGAAGGUUUCUUCAUCCUAAUGGUGAAUUAGCAAAUGUCAAGUGCCAGCAACACACACACACACACUGUAACGUGUUCCGAUAUCACCUCCCACAUGUCCACCUUUCUUCUCCCUCACUUUCUCUCUCUACAACAACAACAAUGGCGGUUUCUCUCUCCUCAAUCCUCUAACUAACUCCAAGUCAACAUGUCCGCCACCGUCACCGGCGAUCGCUACCUCGAAUCACUCGUUCACUUCGUCGAGAAACAGGCGGCUCCGUUGAUCGAAGGAACCCUAGUUUUGAAGUUGAAUCCGGUAGGCCUUCACUACGUUCAGUCACGGCUCGAAUCGUUGGCGGAGCUUGAACGGCUGCUCGCCGGAGCUCCGGUGGAUUAUCUCCGCGCUUAUGUUUCUGACCUAGGUGAUCACCGUGCGCUGGAGCAGUUACGGCGGAUUUUGCGGAUACUUACAUCGCUUAAAGUUGUAUCGGUUGUUCCGUUGCAGUCGUGCAGAGAUCCUACGCCGCUGUGUUUGUUGCCGUUUGGAAGGUUGAAGGUUUUGGAACUUCGUGGAUGUGAUCUGUCUACUUCUGCUGCUAGAGGAUUGCUUGAACUUAGGCAUACUUUGGAGAAGAUUAUCUGUCAUAAUUCAACUGAUGCGCUUCGGCAUGUUUUCGCUAGUAGAAUUGCUGAGAUAGAAGACUCUCCUCAGUGGAAGCGGUUAUCGUUUGUUUCUUGUGCUUAUAAUGGAUUGGUUUUGAUGGAUGAUUCAUUGCGACUCCUGCCUGUAGUUGAAACCCUUGAUUUAAGUAGGAACAAGUUUGCUAAAGUGGAUAAUCUGUGGAAAUGUAGCAAGUUGAAGCACCUGGACCUUGGUUUUAAUCAAUUGAGAACAAUUGCGUCAUUUAGUAAGGUCUCAUGUCAACUUGUGAAACUCGUGUUGAGGAACAAUGCUCUUACUACCAUUCGUGGGGUGGAGAAUCUAAAAGCACUUGAAGGGCUUGAUCUUUCCUACAAUAUCAUUUCUAACUUUUCGGAGUUGGAACUCCUCGCUGGUCUUCCAUUACUUCAGAAUUUAUGGUUAGAAGGAAAUCCAAUAUGUUCUGCCAACUGGUACAGAGCACAUUUGUAUAGCUUCUUUUCUAAUCCCGAUAAGCUGAUAUUGGAUGACAAGAAGAUCUCAACUAGAGAGGUCUGGAAGCGACAGAUUAUUAUUGCCAGUAGGCACAAGCAACCAGCUGGCUUUGGAUUUUAUUCUCCAGUCAAAGAUGAUGCUGAAGCAGAGGGGAGUGUUAACCCAAAAAUGAAAAAGCUAUCUCGUGUUGCCAGUAUUGAAAGUGAAACAGCAAGCACUAUUGCAUCUUCUGAUAAUGACUCUAUUACUUGUGAUGAUGAGGAUCGGGCCAAACAGGAGAUUUCUGAUACAAAUAAAGAAGCUGAAAUUGUUGAUUUUAUGGAAAAAAUUGAGUUCAUGAAAAAAGAGCAUUCCGCUUUAUGGCUGGAGGAGUUUCAAAGAUGGAUGACUCAUGUUUCCGAUGAUCAUGUGAAGGGUGAUAUACAAGCGUUAGUUCCUAACAAAGAAAAAGAUUCUAGAAAACAGAGAAGGUUAAAGCAUUUUGGUAAAAAAUCAAGAUAUAUUUCUUCUUCUGCUGAUGUUUUUGAUAAUGAUCAUCAUAUGGAACUUCAAGAAUCUUAUCACCCAUAUGAUGAUCUGUCUGUCAGUACUGUAUCACAUGAAGCUGUAGAUGGGUCUAUUUCAAAUAAUAAAAGGAUUGAUCCUACUAGAAUUAUUCAAUCUCCAGAAGAUGAGGGGACGUGUUCUAACAAUGGUAUUAAAGUUGAAGGACCUGAAAUGACAAUAGUGGACACUAUGGAUGAUAGUAUUGAAGCUCAAUCUCCGUCAGUUUAUGCAGGAUCGCCACCGCAUUAUCAAGAGGACAUUCUUCAUCGCCGCCAAAAUUUGGAGGAAGAAUUUCUGCAGUUAUCUGCUGAGUCAUAUUCAAUAGCUUCCUCAGAUAGCGAUACCAGUGAUAGUGUAGAUGAUUAUGGGGAAAACGGAUCACAUAUUCAUAACGAAUCAACAACUGCUGAUAAUUCAAGAAGUAUGGAUAGCUUAACGUUUUUAUCUUCUGAAGAUUUAUACAAAGCGAUAGAAAGUGACUCGUGUUCUGUAAAACAUGGGGAUUCUGAACGUAUAGGCAACAACAUUUAUGAAGGAAGUCUGCAUGAUGGUGAAAUAGUCGGUCUCGUGAAGCAAGAAGCAGAUUGGUUGGAGAAGAAAAUGUACAGACGAAAAACAAAACUGAGGGUUUUAUCGCUAACGGAGAAGAUGGCACAAACAGACACUAUUGAUUCACAUAAAUUGAACUGCAGUGCACAUGAUGUACACAAGUCCUGUUGGCAAGAGGCUAGCAUGAGUGACUAUCAGAUGUUGGUUUACGGAGGGAAUCUUUCGGAAGAAAACUUGUCGGCCGCAGGGAUAGAAGAGUUUAUCUUAAAGAACUUCAAUGUAGAUCUUGCAGAUUUUGGGGUUGAGGAAAUAUGUAGGCAAUAUGUGCCUUGCAGUUGUUUGCUUGAGGAUCCAUCUGGGUGCGGUAAAAGCGGAAUGGCGCUAUUGCUUUGCUGUGAACAGAAGCUGUAUGUUGUACUUCUCAAUGGACGAAAUGAUGGGUCAGGAUCUAGCCCGAGUCUAGUAGGUUGCUUCGGUACUGAAGAUGUAAAGGAGGUGUUAGUAGGUUUAGGACUUCAGGCAGUGAGGUUGUACGCUAAACGAGGGGCAAGGUAUACGUUCAUAACAAAGAGUAUAGAGAAAUCAAGGAUGCUUAUAUCUAUACUGGAAUUCUUUCAUUUAAAUGCAAAGAAGAAAGGAUUUCCUCUUAUAAGUUUGGAUAAGAUCCAGGUUGCUUUGUUUGAGAGAGAUGUAUGUGGGGGAUCAAAAACAAACAUCCUUCAGUAUUCGAUGGUGCUAUUUUGGAGCAGUAAUUCUCAAGAUAAUCAUUGGUUUUCAAGAUCGUUGUUUGUUCUUGGAGAGCAUAUGCUUGUGUGCAUCGAGGAUAUCUCGCAGUUCGGUUUUGAUUCCCAGGACACUUAUACUCCGUAUUUCUCUCUUGAUACCUGCUGUUCUAUUGUCAACGCUUUGGAAAUGGUUAUAGACACCAAAGAGAGCUUCUGUGUGACAUUAACUCUCAAGUCUGUUGCAUCAGAGUUCUCCCCGUUAAAUUCAUCCUCUAAACCAGAAAACGGGUCACCCAACAACAGGGGUGCAGCUGUGACUUGGAAACUGAAGUGGUACAGUGAAAACGAUUUAUUCAAAUUCGUGGCACUCGUGAAGGCACUCCAUGCUGGAGCUGUACCCGCAUCUCCUUUAAACUUGAGAUAUGCUUCUUAAUUUUACCACUUUUACAUGUUUGUAGAGUAUGAUUCAGGUCGUCUAGCAUUCACUUUAUUCGUUGAUUCGCUUUUUAGUUUUUUCUGUUAUAGUUGGUUUUGGUGACUUGAAAGAUAGGUGGUUGUGGUUUUGUUUUGUUUUGUACAGAAUAAAUGUACAGUUAUACUUAUUGGUGUUAAAUAUGGUGUUUAUGUUGAAGUUAGUUGAAGUACUAUGUGUGAUUUGGGUGA